AUGGGGCCUCAGAUUCGUGGUCUUCCAACCGUGGUGGGUGCAGGGGGUCUGCUUUUUUCUGUUUUGUGCUUGUUCUUCGGGCCCCCAGUCGAGGCAGAGGACGUUACACCGGUUCAGCCGGCUUCCGGUCUGCGACACUCGGGAGCGAGUUAUGUUAGUCCCGAACCUCCGAAACCCGGUAGCAACCCCAGGGAUAUUCUUUCCAGUGCUUUGUCAGAAUUGGUAAUCACUCUCAAAGGAUAUUCUUCACAGGAUCUGCAGGGUCCGCUAAACGGAGUCGGUGCUUCCGAACAGGCUACGUCAUUGUUUAACGUAGCUUCGAACAAACUCACCGCCGAGGACAACCGCGCUUCAGAAGACAAUGAUGCAUCUUCGUCAGCAACAUCCACUCCGUCACAGAACCGAAGCGCCCACGACGGACUGGAUGCCUCGAAUCUUCCUUGCUCCUCACCAGCACCAAAGGCGUUGCGCCUUCCGUCGCACGGCGAUGUGCCUGUUUUUUCAGUAUAUAACUGUUCCCUUUUACCGUCUCCUGUUGAUGCUGGCCUCCAGGGGUUUGAACCGCAUUUUAGACUGCUUUCUCUAUAUCCGGUUAGCACAAACACGAAGUUUGUUCUGAAGGGGCUGCAGCCUCUUCUAGCGACCUUCUCCAUUCCCGUCGUUCCUCUGGGAGGACCUCUCUCGUCUGAUAGUGAUAAGCCGGAAAAGGCGGCGUUUUCCGUACAGGCUAACAAUUCCCUUGGCACUAUACCUGGGAGAGGUUACUGGAUGACUCCCAAAGUAUAUCGCUUUCAGCCCUUUAAUGCGUGGCCCACAGACCUUGAAGUCGUCGUGAAAUUGAACGGCGAUCUGAGGUCACUAAGCGGAAAGCUUAUUGACAGGGCGGAUCCGUACUGGAUUCGCAAUAAUGUGCGCGAAUUUAAGACUGCGCGACUCGUCGCUCGUGUUCGUUCCGUGACCUCCAAGCUUGCCUCGGGCUUCACAGAUGGGAAAUGGUCGGCAACUCUGAGCAAUAGUGCCGACCCCUUUUCGAGUCAUCUGGAAAUUCCCCCAGAUGGACAGGUCCUUAUCACAUUCAAUGCACCUGUUGACUUGGCGAACUUGAAUGACGAGCGACUUCACCUUCGAUUGCUCGCAGUUGCUCAUUUCCGCCCCGGCGUGGGCAUGCAAGAAGACCAGUACUUUUAUGUUGACUACGACGCGAGACAAUGCAGUGAUGCCGAAAUCGAUGGCUUGGUGGCGAGAGGAACAGACACCGCUUCGGGCAGCACUGAUCAAGGUGGACGUUCUCCUGAAGAAAUUGUAUGUUGCGCGGUUUUGUUUUUCAGUCGGGAACCCCUACGCACUGGCGAAGAGUACGAGCUACUGAUGAGGAAAAGAACCAGGUAUAAUAAGCUCAGCGGACCCACAGGCCUAAGAAAGAAAGGGGCGGUGGCGCCUCCUGAUGCUGCGCCGAUCCAGGUUCUCCGUCCUACUACGCUGUCAGCGAGCUCAGCUUCUGUUUUCUCCCGCUUUCUUACAUCAAUGGGGGAGAACCCAUAUGAAGAGACUUUAACCUCUCAGGACUCCCAGGAAGAUGAUAUGGAUGAUGAAGAUGAGGACGCUGAAGACGAAGAUGCAGGCGAAGACCAUGUGGCUGACGAAUCUGUAGGCGGAGAGUCGGCUCAGUCACGAGACCAGUCCGGAGGUGACAGCGGGUUGGUGUACACCGAGACGACACUCAACAUCCGCCACUUCGACAAGAUUGGGGAAGGUUCGUUUGGAAUUCAGCUGACCGGCUUGCGCCCAUUCAAAUUUUUCGGCACUGGAAGUUCGUCCUUCCGCAGUAUGCCGACAGUACGAUAUCGUCGCCUCACCUUUCUGCUCCCUCAUAGCCUGAAUGGCUACCAACCCAGUCGUCGCUUGUGGGAGAAGACGCGUUCUUUAUCAUUAGGAAGCUCUGCAGGGCGUGUGGGGGGGGAAAGGCUGUAG